UUAUAAUAUCUGUUAUAACAACGAUGUAUUAUAGUAGUAGCUAAUCGUCAUUAAUAUAAUCACCUUAUGGUCAAAUAAUCACAAAAACUCCAUUAACUAGAUAGAAUAGACCAUAAGAGAAAUUAAAUGAUUAAUCAAUUAUGUCUCAAUAUCAAUCACCAACAUUGAGAUAAGCUAUGUCACCAAAAGCAGCAAGAGAAUACUUAAAUAGUUUAAAAAGCUUUAUAAAUCAAUAUGAAUCUAAGCCAAUCAAUGAAAGUAGAAUUACUACAUAAUCUAUUCAUUAAUCAAUCUAAUAACAACCUUAUUUAUAUUUUCCAAUUGCAAAUAGAUUGAAUGAUGAAAUUAAAUUGAUGACUCCUUAAAGAAUUGAAAUUAAAAAAUUAAAUUCUGAUGGAACUGUACAUUCAUUAAAAUAUUAUUAUUUAAAGUAACCAGUUUUGAGUAGUUCAAAUGAUGUUCUUACUUCAAAAUAAAUUACAAUUAUUGGAUUAAAACAUAGUGGCAAAUAAAAAUUGUUUUUAGAACUUAUUAAAAAAAUAAUGCCUAAAUAUUUUAAAUUAUCUAUUAAGACAGAUCAAAAUGACAAAUAACUAAAUGUUUAAAUCAAUGAUGAUUUAAAAUCAACCAUUAAAAGUUUUAAAACAGGAUCUAAGAAUUGUUAAUUAAUUGCUUAAAGUGAUUAACAUUUACUUUUAUGUAGAGGACAAUAGGGUUUCAUUAGAGAAAAGAGAGAUUAAGCCAUUCUUAUUUUAUGUAUUAAGCCUGGUAAAGAAACUAAAUUGGAUUGUGUCUAAACUUUAAAAAUGAUAGAAAAUAUAUAAAAAAAUUGA